AUGGCCCCUUGCUCUCUCUGUCCUCUCUUCCUCCCUGCUUUUCCUUCUCUCCAGGGAGGGGAUAUUCUCAACAUUGGGUUUGGCAUGGGACUAAUCGACACAGCCACUGUGGCUGCCACUGCUGUUACAAACCGCCGUGCGGCUCUCUCAACCUCUUCCAACCGCUCCCAACCUCUCUGUUUACUUCUCCCUCCGUCUCUCUCACUCCAGGGAGGGGACAUUCUCAAUAUUGACUUUGGCAUGGGUAUAAUAGACACCGCCAUUGCAGCUCGCAUCGGCCAAUCGGAGGGCGGCAUUCGAUCGCACACUAUAGUGGAAGCGCAUCCGGACGUUAUAGCGAGGAUGAAGGGGGAGGGGUGGCAUGAGAAGGAGGGAGUGAGGGUGGUGGAGGGGAGAUGGCAGGACGUGUUACCACAACUGGGCCAAUACGAUGCUCAGCGCAUCUCCGCACAUGCAGCAAAGCAGUUGCGUGCAGUCGCUACCCAGCACCACCAGCUGGUCCGUUUAACCUCCCUUCAGGACCCAUCUGCUGGGGCUUGGCUCACGGCUGUCCCCUCCGCUCCCCGCACGCAGCUCGAACCUGCAGAUUGGUUGAUUGCAGCAGAAAUCCGUCUAUGCCUCCCUGUCCCCCACCUCUGUCUCCUAGUAUCAGCCCCGCCAUGUUCUUGCAGGGAAGCGAAGCGCGUGUUUAGGAAGAGUGGGGUCAGUGUAGAAUACUAUGACGAUCUGCGAGAAUUCCACUCCCACCUCCCGCACCUCCUCAAGCCCAGCGGGCUCUACUCUUUCUUCAACGGCAUGUGUGGCGACAACGCCUUCUUCCACACCGUCUACUGCCACAUAGUGGCCCUGGAGCUGCAGCAGCACGUGGGGCUGACCACUCAGUUCAUCCCGCUGCCAGUCAUCCGGUGCCUGGAUGUAGACACGUGGGCGGGGGUGCGGCAUAGGUACUGGCAGCUGGAUGCUUACCACCUGCCUGUUUGCUACCGUGAUGAGACAGAGGAGGGUGAAGUGGGGGAGAAGGGAGAGGAUGGGUACUGGCAGCUGGAUGCUUACCACCUGCCUGUUUGCUACCGCGAUGAGACAGAGGAGGGGGAGGAGGGGGAGAAGGGAGAGGAGGGGUAG